CUCCCACCGCCACGGCCGCCUGAUUCCUGUGGGCUAAAAUCCGGCUACCCAGGGCCACUCUGCCAGGCACUGUAGUCUUUCGACGUAGUAUCGGAACCAUGUCGGACUCUGAGUCGGACUGUGACUGCACGGGCUAUGAGGAAGACAGCCACAAAGACAUCGCCUUUUUGGACCACAACUUUGUCAUAAUGAACCCUCAGACUCCAGAUGAUGUGUUUGAGUACUGGGCCCAGAUCUCUCCGGAGAAUAAGAAGAAAGCGGGACAUCUGAUGAAGAUCUGUGCCUUCUGGCUCCCCAUCCUGCUGCACCCAGAUGAAGCCAGCACUGUGACCUGCUGGGCCUCUCAAGUGGGCCUGGUGGAGCCCAAUAAAGACAUGAAUCUGAGGCACAUCCACAAGAUUGAGAUUAUGGAGGCCAUCCUACGUGCCCUGGUGAAGGGGACUCUGAAAAGGGCUCAAACUAAACAAGCUGUGGGGAUAAGCAACCGAUUUUACAUGCACUCCCCAGAGGUGUUGGAGAAUGCACUGCAGUGGCUGGAGCGCACAGGAGAGCCCAACAUCCGUCCCCGCGUCCUGGAGCUGGGCCCAUUGGACGUCUGCUUCAAGGCUCUGCACCUCAUCUUUGUCGAGUUCUCUCAGUACAUAAAGGCCUUGGCCUACAGCUAUGACAAGACCAUGUGUGCCCUAACUGCUCGGCCUGCGGACAUGCUCAUCAAGAGAUGUGAAGAAAUGAAGCGGAAAGGGAAUGAGCACUUUCAGAAGAGGCUGUACGAAGAAGCAGUCAAGUUCUACACUAAGGCCAUUAAACUAUACCCUGAUAACCACAUCAUCUACGGGAACCGAGCCCUCUGUCAUAUCAAGUCCAAUAACUUCCUAAAAGCCCUGGGAGAUGGCAAACGGGCCACUCUGAUCAAGCCACUCUGGGCCAAGGGUCACUACCGGUACUGCGAGGCCCUGUUUGGACUGGGAGAGGUGCGGCAGGCUCUGGAGGCAAACAACUCAGCCCAGACUCUGUGUAAGGAGGACCCAGAAGGCAUCAAGUACUUGGAGUCACAGCAUCAAAAGUUCACCGCCCAUAUCUGGCACAGCACAGCAAAUGCUCAUCUAAAGAGGAAUCCUGCUCCAAAACCAAACCCAUCCAAUGUUCCUUCUGCUCCAGCACCCCCUAGUGCUAAAGCAAAGAAGGCUACAGCGCCCUCUAGUGCUAAGGCUGAGAAGGCAGCAGGGCCCUCUAGUGCCAAAUCUGAGAAGAAAACCGCUGAGGCCUUCAAUGGUGCAGAGAAGGUGGCUGCACCGUCUAAUGGUACCAAGAAGAAGGCAGCUACAGCCUCUAAUGGUACAGACAAGAAGAUAGCAGUGCCCCCUAGUGCUAAAGCUGAGAAGAAUGCCUCCAAUGGUGCAGAGAAUAAAGCAGCUGCACCCUCUAGUGUUACAGAGAAGAAACCCUCUGUACCACAUUCAGAUGAGAAGGCUGUAGCGGCCCCUAGUGUUCCAGAUAGGAAAGCCACUCCGGUGAAAAAGGAGCCUCAGGACAAGAUGGAGAAAAAAACCCAGCUAGCCAACAACAACAAGAGAAGUGUGACUCCUCCGGACACUAAACCAGCCAAAAGUGAGAAGCUGUUCGCCCAGGGCAAAGCUGAGACCACAAACAGUGUUCAGAAUGGACCUAAGAAGCUGAUAUUGGACAUUUCCAAAGAGUUGUGCUCUGCAAUCAUAGAUGGAUACACUGCCCUGGAUGACCUACGCUGUCGCAACGCAGAGCAGGCCUUCACUCGCGCCCUGGCCCUGGUGGGCCUUGGGACAUCCGCUAAGGUGUCCGGGGUGUCUUCCAUAGACUUACUGCUGUUGCAGUAUGGCAAAGCCACAGCCCUGACUCAGAUUGGACGUCCUGAGGAGCUGUCUCAGGCGGUACAGCUGUUGGACAGGAUCCAGGCCUCAGAGGAGAGGACGUUCCAGUGCCUGGUAUGUCUGGCUUAUGGGCGCGUCUUUGUCAAAGAGAACAGGUACAGCGCGGCCCUCACUUACUUCUCCGACGCCCUGCAGAUGGUGAAGAAUAAGAUCACCCCGGGCAAGCUCACAUGGCCCCUCACCACACACCUUGUGUGUGAGACACAAGUGGACUAUUUACUGGACCUGCUACAGGACUAUAUAGAGAUGUGCAGGUUCCCUCCUUCACCAGAUGCCAUAUGUCGACUUGAAAAUUGUACUGGUUCUGUUAAGAAAGAAAUCUACUUUACUGAUCCUGAUUUUAAGGGCUUUAUCCAGAUCCACUGCUGCCAGAGCUGCAGAGUGGAGUACCACAUGAGCUGCUGGAAGAGCCUCAAGAGUCUUGCCUUUUAUGAGAAGAGUGAGAAGGAUUUUCUAAAAGACCCAUGUUUAACCCCAGACUGCACUGGCCAAAUUAACAUUAUUAAAAUCUAUGGUCCCACAGGCCUGGUUAAAUGUAAGUUUGAAGUGGCUAUUCCCAAACCUGUGACUCCUAAAAAGCCCAAAGUAAAUCAGAAGUGUACUAGUAUUAAGAAGUUGGAGUCUAAAGAAAAGCGUACGCUUCGGAGGAAGCAGCAUAAGCAGAUGUCGGAGGAAUGUGAGGGGGGCGGCACAGAGGCUGCACAGCAGUGUGAGGACACCGCCAAGAUGCCACCUAGAGCUCAUCUCCACUUCAGAGACCACGUUCUCCUGCAGAUAAGCCAGCACCUGGAGCUCCUGCACCAGGAGAGGAGUAACUGUAUGUCUGUCCUGAGCUCCCGCCUCAGGCCUUGGCUGCAGCUGGACCUGUCCAGAGGGAACCCUGUGGCUGGGAGGCUCAUCCAGUGUCUAGAGAAGCCUGUAGUGUCUCUAGGAGCAGCUGUAGAGCUACUGCUGGAGCGCAGGAACCGUGUGUGGGCCCGCAUCCUCAUACAUUCCCUCAGUGACAGUGUGGACCUUCAGCCUAAAGUCAGCAGCUGGGCCAAGGGUCUGGACUCUGCAGGGCUAAUUGCAGCUACGUUCUUCAUGGAGCAGUACUCAGAGGAGUUGGAGCAGUUGGACCUGUCCUUGCUGCUGAACUUUGGCCCAGUUCAGGAGAUCAUCCUGGAGAAGCUGGGCAGUAAGCCUGAGGUCUUCUCCUCCCUGGGGCUCACUCUCACAGAGUACCUUCGCCAGUCUCCUGCCCAGGACAUGAGACUGUUCAUCUGGGCUCUGGAGGAGCACCGGCACCACUAUGUCUCCUGCCACUCAAUACUCGACCACUAUUUUGAUAUGAUGGAUGGGAUUUGUUCAGUUUUUAAAAAGUCAGAAGAUGAUAAUAAUAUAAGUUCUCCUAGUAAGUCUAAGCCAAGGGGCAGAAAAAAGAAAGGCCCCAAGCCUCUCCUGGUGUGGGCCAGCCCUCAGGGGGGUUCUGCAGUAGAGGACUGGGACCCUGAUCUACUGGAGGAGGACUCUCUGACAUUCCUGGAGCAGCCCUUCAGUGUUCCCCCUCACCUCCGCCAGCAACUGGCCUCCUUUGAAGAGCAGUACAGGAGCAACAGUAGUAACCAUGUUUUGGAGAGUCGUCCUCAGCUCUCGAAAGACACUUUAUAUGAAUAUUUUACUCAAAUUUUGGAGGAGCAUGGUCCGCUGGUGGCCGAUGACCCUUUACUGGUGGGAGAGUUGAAGAAUUUUCCAGUAUCAGCCCAGCAGCAGAUUGAUGCGGCAGGGGGACUGGAGGCUUUUCUCCUGAGCUCUCUGGCCUUCACGCGGGUGGGACCAUGUGUGGGGCUCUCUGGUAUGGAGGAGCAGCAGCCAACCGUUCACACCAGCCUGGACCAGCUGGAUGUUAUAGACACUAGCCCUCUGCAUCAGGCCAGUUUUUUUACAUACCUCAGAGACGCUUAUCCCGCUCUGCCAAGCCCAUAUGUUUUUGACCUGUACACUGACGCUGGUGAGGUGGAGCCUCUUUCACCUCCAGCAGCCGUUGUCAGGAGACCCUCGGAGGCUAAGGGAGCUCCAGACAGGCCCCCAGCCCAAGAGAGGCAGCCUGGUCCUGGAGAGUACACUCUGCACUGUGUGGCUGUCAACACAGAGAUCAUCCAGGACUAUGAGAGCAGCCAGGGUGAGCUUAACAGCCUACUGAAGCUACAGCAAGAGAUGCAGCAGCAGAUGGCCUCCAUGAAAGAGGAGAGAGACAAACAGAGGCAGCAAAGAGAGGAGGAGCUCAGGGCCCUGCAGGAGGAGCUGGACCAGACAGUCUCCUGUGUGCAGGUGACGCAGCAGGAGCUGGCUCUGUUCCAGCAUAAACUAGAAGAAGAGGUGAAGAAGGACCAGAAGGACAAAAAGGAGCACCAGGAGCAGCUGAGGGGGCUGAGGCAGGAGGUGGAGGGACUGCAGCAGGACCAAAACAGACUGAAGAGGAGCAUCAGGGACAAGAAGUCAGCCCGUGAAAUCAGACUGCAGGACUUCCUCCAGCUCAGUAACCAGGCUGCUGCUGAGAAGAUGAGUCUAGAGGAGGAGAUCAAGCGCUGCAAAGACCAGACGACUAGGGCCUCCAGGAGGUCCCUUGCAGCCCAGCUAAGUGCGCUGAAGAGCAGCCAGGAGCAGAGCCUGUACCCCCUGCACCGGGAGCUGGCUGACAGUAAGGCUGUGCUGUGGCGCCUAGGUGAUGUGGCCCCCAGGUUCCCCCCUCAGGACCUGGAGUCUGCACAGAAUCAGCUCAGAGCGGGAGUCCAGGAGAUUGAAAAGAAGCUCUCAUCCACAGAGGAGCACUACACUAAGCUGAUAGAGGAGCUAAGGAGCGGCAACUUGCUGAGUGAACCGCCACCUGUGAGCAAGGCCCCGAGCACGGACACUGAGCCUGUGCAGGUCAGUGAGGCUGCCUCUCAGCCACCCCCACAGCCUCCUGCAGGGGCCAGUGGCUCUCCGCUCAAGAAGAAGAAGCAAAAGAAAGCCCAGGAGCAGCCCAACAACACAGUAUUCGAGCGGGCCCUGGAGAGGCUGGGGGCCAUCUUCCCCGACACCAGUCGGGCGGAGCUCACAGGGCACAUCCAGAGAUUCCGCUCAUCCACUGGCAGUUUCCACAGCCUGGGUCUGACAGAUGUAGUCGGCGGGGUCAGCCAGCUUAUCCUAGACCAGCAAGAGGAGAGAAACCGCUCCAGAGCCAAAGCGAUCCCAGGGGCAUCUGCAUGUGUGAUCCCUUCUUUAGGAAACAACGCCUCCGUCUGGCAGCAACUGGAACCUCACAAGACCACUCAUAUCAAUGCAUUGAACACUGAGGACCCAUGCAUCAUAUGCCAUGAUGACAUGAGCCAGGAGGACAUGUGUGUGCUGGAGUGUAGGCACAGCUUCCACAAGGAGUGCAUCCGCUCAUGGCUGAAGGAGCAAAGCACGUGUCCCACCUGCCGAGAACACACCCUGCUGCAAGAGGACUUCCCUGCCCUUUCCUCCAAGAGACACAUUUGAGAUGGCGCUCUUGUCCUUCUGAAUCACAACUUUUACUUUGUGGAUAUUUAUUUAACUCAUUUAUGAUACUAUGAAUACAAAUCACUGAGUUUGUUUUCAAUAAUAGUUCUUCUUUAUUUUAACAUUCUUGUACUUCAUUUUACAUUGUUUAUUAAAAACACAAAAAUACAUAGCU